CAUCAAAUCAAUGGCGCUCACCUUCUCACACCCUUUUCAUGCCCCUCUGAAACCCUUAACCCAAUGCCCUAAUCCUCUUCUUCUUCUUCUUCUUCUUCUUCUUCUUUGAAGGCGAGAGUGUUGCGAGAUGGGGAGAGAUGAGAUGCUGCGCCGAAGCCUGGUGGCGUUGGGAAUGGUCAUCGUUGUGGUGGGGAUCGUGACCUUUUCUUUCAGAAAAAUGGUGAUCACUUAUGGGUUUGGGAUCGCUGGAAUUGGGUUGAUUUUGCUGCCGGAUUGGGAGUUCUUCGAUCGUGAUUUCUCGCAGUGGUUCACGCCCAUGCCCGGCCGGAGAAGACCUGGCUCUGAUCGCGCUCCGGAUCCUGGAAGGUUUAGGCUGUAUCCUCUGAGAGUGUCUCUCCUGACAAUAAUUUACUGUUUUGGUUUAUACAAAUGGUGGAUGAUCAUAUCCAGUUAGCUGUUUCUUGUUGUCUAUGGCUUUGUCUUGCAUUUCACAUCUUUAUCUCAAGGUGGUAGAUGAGGCUGUACUUUAGUUUUCCUGUUUUUUUGGUUUUUACCCAACUGAAUUGUCAUUCUGUUUGUUUCUUUAGAAAAACACUGAUCAUGUAAAUCUCUUGGUUAUUCACUAAUUACAGAUAUAUAUAUAUAUAUAUAUAUAUAUUUAUAGA